AUGUCCAACUCAUCCUCAUUCAAGCAGCUCAACGUCGCAGUGCUUGGAGGCGGCAUCGGCGGCUUCUCGGCUGCUCUCGCCCUCCGUCGUGCAGGUCACAAGUGCACCGUAUACGAGAGACGUGGCUUCGACGUAGAGGUGGGCGCUUCGAUCUCUUGCGCAGCUAACGGUACCCAAUGGCUUCACGACUGGAACGUCGAUGUAGCUUCCGGUCGACCGGUGAUCCUCAUGGAGCUCACCAUGCGUGACUGGCAAACCGGCGAAAUCCUCAAUCAAUAUCACCUCGAUGACUACGAAAAGACAUGGGGUAAUGUCUACAACAUGUUCCACCGUCAGGAUAUGCACAAGAUGCUCAUGGACACCGCCAUCGCCAACGACGGAGCAGGCACACCCGUCCAGAUUGUCAUGGACCACAUCGCCGAGGAUGUCGACACCGAGGCUGGCGUCAUCACGUUCCGCAACGGCAACAAGGUCACCGCCGACCUCAUCAUUGGCUCGGACGGUAUCCGAUCCAAGGCUCGUGUUGCGAUCGGCGUUACUCCUGACGUAAAGUCGGCUCCACAGACCUGCUACCGUUGCAACGUUAGCAAGGAGGAGGUGGAGCGUCUUGGCCUCACUUGGGCCGCUGAUCCCGCCAUCCAAUUCUGGGGCGGUUUCCCAAAGCCUGAUCUCAACCAGUACUACAAGAUCGUCAUGAGCCCAUGUGCAGGCGGUGACGUGGUCUCGUUCUACUGCUUUAUGCCUACCGAGCUCACCAAGCACCAGUCGGAAGGUUUCGUCUUUGAAGAGGUGCCGCCCGAGGAGAUUUUGGCCGGAGACUACUCGAAGCUCGACCCGCUCUGCGUCAAGCUCAUCCAAAACUCGGUCGAACGCAAGCCGUGGCGAUUGUACGUCCACCAGCCCUACUCGCACUGGUACAAGAAGCAGACGUGCAUCCUCGGCGAUGCUGCGCACCCCAUGAUGCCUCACCAGUCCCAAGGUGCUUGCCAAGCCAUCGAGGAUGCCGCUGCUCUCGGUAUUAUUUUCUCGAAAGAGUACAACUUUACCAGCAACAUCGAGGCUGGUCUCAAGCUCUAUCAGGACAUUCGAAAGCCACGUGCGACACGCGUCCAGCAGGCGUCCACCGCUGCACUAGAGAAUCUCAACGAGCGCAUCGGCUUUUCAUCGCUCAGCGCACCCGAUGCGGCGCUGGCGGCCAAGGAGAACAAGCUGACCGUCAACGAGAUGAACACCUACGACAUGAAGAAGCACAUCCGCGAGACUGUAUACCCCAGCCAAACCGCCGUCACGAGCGAAUCCAAGAGCGCUGUAAACGCGAGCGUUAUGCCAGCAAGCUCAGCAGCGAUUGCUGCUGAUGCAUAG